GUAAUUUGUUUUGCCCUCAUCCUCUCACGUUGAUCGUGCAGCAGCCUAUGGCCUAAAUAACAGUAUGUAACUUACAUCAUGUAUUAAACCUGACAGCUUUAGCUCAAUUUUUUAUUUCCAAAUAGGUUUGUGGACAUGACUUUUUAAGGUUGGGGUUUUUAUUAGUUUCCAGUUUCCACAUAACUUUAUGGACAUGGCCCUUAAUGAUUAACUGCGCCAAACUGUAGGGCAGACAAUAUUCAAAUGUCUGGACGUGCCAUAGACAUACACGUUUUGAUACUUGGCAAACAUGUAGGCUAUACUUGACUACAUGUAGGCUACAGUACAUCUGACUGCAUAUGGACAUGUAAUUAGUGAGGCUACUACAGCUUAAAUCUGGCAACAACUUCCUUUUCUUUCUUUCAUCUAAGGACUGGUGAUAGUCCUUGGUGGUUUAUCUGUAGGGCCUAUGCCGCUAUGUGACUUGUGGCCUGUGAGGCUUAGGCUAUGUAGCCUACAGCAAUAACAUAGAAAACUCAUUUAAAGGCCUACCUCAAAAUAGAAAGGAAUUUGAUAUGUAUAGUGGCUGAAUGGAAAGCUGUAAGCUGGACUAAGCCUGUAGAGGCACGGAGGGAGAGGUGACUUCUGUUUUCUGGUGCCUUUGAUACGCAGGAGAGCUCUAAAAGUGCCUGUCACUGAGAGAAGCUUGUAAACAUUUACAGUAAAAGAAACAUGCUGGUUGUGAGUGCAAUAAAGAAAAUGAGUAGCCUACUGUCUGCAAGUCUGUUUUUUCUCCCACUAGGCGCUUCCAGACUGUGCAGUUGAAUGCAGGCCUAUUGACAUCAUCAAGGUGAUCUGUUGAUUUGGCUGAUAAAAAGUCAGUGCUUUUGUUUCGUAGACUCUGCUCUCACUGUCAGCACUCACUUUAAUUGCUCUCUUAACAUUAUGUGUCAAGCAACCAGACAACGUUUUGGUUAAUCCUUAACAUUAUUGUUUAUAUUGCUAUUCUCCCUACACUGUAGUCUGAUCAACUUUUCAAAAUGUGUUCACUGUUAAAUUAAUUAUUGUAUUGUUUUUUAUGUAUAUGUCGCUUUGGACAAAAUGCGUCUGCCGACUGGUAACUACAAAGUAAACAAUCGAAAAUACAACAUCCGGUUGAGCUUUCCUACGUCAUUAUUUCACGCCGGAAGUAGAGGAAAACACAGCAUGGCAGCCUCGGUGGUGUAGUCACCGGAAUUAAUAAAUGUUAAACUUUAUAACCUCUAAAGCACCUUUUAAAUGAAUGAAUUUAAGGAACUCUGGGACUUGUUUUUGACGACGUUAGGGUGUUAAUUUAUCCGCAACCGCAUUCCAGUUUGAGGGAAGAGUGAGUGCUACAGUUGGGAAGUUUACUUGCACACGUGUUCUACCAUGGUCAAAGAUAAGAAGAAAUCCGUAAAAUUCGCCUUACCUAGCAAAACCACCACCAGUACGAUGGACGAAGAGGUGGAAAGCGACGAAGAUUUCCUUCCAGAAAACGAGAAUGUCAUCAGUGCAAGUGAGGAUGAGGAUGCCAGCGGUGACGAGCGCACACAUACCAAACUCCUGGAGGCCAUCAGUUCCUUGGGCGGCAAAAGGAGGAAGAAGUUGGCGGAGAGGUCCGAGGCCAGCCUGCAGGUGUCUGAAUUCGGAGUAAACGCUGAAGGCGCUGGAGAGAAGGUGGUUCUCUCCGAUCUGCUCAGUUCGGCUACAGAAGCAUCUAAAACUGAUGGAAGUUUGACAAAAACUCAGAAACAGCUGAAGAACCUGGAGCAACGUCAUGCUACUCUAGAACUCCCCCUGAGCCACCAGCAGACAGAAAAGAUCCAACGUGAGGCUGCCUUUGAGAAGGCCUCGAAGGAGGUGUCACGCUGGCAGAGUACCAUCGUCCUCCAGCAGAGGGCAGAGCAGCUUGUCUUCCCCCUCAACCAGCAGCCCAAUAGGCCCAGACGCGUGGAGCAGGUUGUCACCAGCUGGAAGACUCAGACGCCACUGGAGCAGGAGGUAUUCGCUCUGCUUCACGCCCACCGGCAGCCAACCCUUGACCCCGUGUUGACCCCUGUGGAAGAGGCACAGCUGCAGGCCAUGAGUCUAGAAGAGGCCCAGCUGCGGCGUGCGGAGCUGCAGAAGGCUCGAGCGCUGCAAUCCUACUACGAGUCCAAAGCCAAGAGGGAGCGCAAGAUCAAGAGCAAGAAAUACCAUAAGGUGCAGCAGAAGGCGAAGAUGAAGACCUUCCUGAAGCAGUUUGAGGAGAUGUGCAAGAGCGACCCCGAGAGGGCCAUGGAGGAACUGCAGAAAAUGGAGAAAAACAGGAUUGAGGAGAGGAUGUCUCUGAAGCAUCAGAACAGUGGGAAAUGGGCCAAGUCCAAAGCAAUCAUGGCCAAAUAUGACCUUGGGGCUCGUAAGGACAUGCAAGAUCAGCUCGAACUCAACCGCCAACUCACCCACAAGCCCCUCCCCUCCGCUGAACUCCACGGUGACAGUGACCACGACGACGACAACAGCGACCCCACUCUGGCCGGUGAUGAGCAAACGCUGCCGGACAUCGCUAACGACGCAUCGGCCAAUCAGAAGGAGGGGGCAAACCCCUGGAUGAAGAUGACUGCAGUCAUGGCAGCAGCAGUGGAGGCGGAGCCAAAAAGCAUCGUGGUCACGGACGACAGUGAGGCUGUAGCGGCGGCGGCGGCGGCGGCAGCAGAGGGCGACGCGGAGGCAGAGGAGACGGAGGAGGAGAGGCUGCUGGGAGAGUUCGCCCGUCGCAGGCAGCAGAGGAAGACCAACGAGGAGGAGGAGGAGGAGGACAACGAAGAAGCCAGACAGAAGGAUGAAGAGUCUUCCCAGGCUGCUGGAGGUCCCAGCAUCUCCUUCACCAUAGCAGAGACCAGUGAGGAAGAGGAGGAGGAAGAGGAGGACCAGAUGGAUGAAGCAGCCGCAUCCGAGCUCAAUGCACUCUUCGGACGUCUGGCCAAGCAAGGACAAUGCGACGCUGCCCCCGUGGCAACCGCAGGAGCCGCUCCCAUGGAUACGCUGCUGGAUGAGGACACGACGCGAGUCCGCACGCUGGAGGAGGCGGAGCUGCUUACGGAGACUCACAGUGACUCCGCCCCCGCGGUGGAGUCAGAGGCAGCGGCAGCAAGUGAUCAUGGGAAUGAGCAUGUCCCCAAGGUGAAAGGUCGCCAGAAGGUCAUCGACCUAAAACAGGUGCUGACCAAGGAAACCAAGAGCAUCCGUGUUGCCAUGACGACACCGGCCGUUGAAGAUGCUGAGGAUGAGGCCCUGGACGAGCAGACGGAGGUGAUCCGCGAGGCGUUCGCCGGAGAUGAUGUGGUGUCGGACUUCCUGAAGGAGAAGCGGAAGCAGGAGGAGGCGGGCAAACCUAAAGACGUGGACUUAACGCUGCCCGGCUGGGGCCAAUGGGGAGGGCUCGGUGUCCCGGUCAAGAAGCACAAACGCCGGCGAUUCUUGAGGAAAGCCCCGCCUGCCGCGCCCAGGAAAGACCGGAAGCUUCCGGCUGUCAUCAUCUCAGAGAAGCGAGACUCCUCUGUCGCCGCCCAUCAGGUCACACAGCUUCCGUUCCCCUUUGAGAACCCUGGCCAGUUCGAAAGGAGCAUCCGUUCUCCUCUCGGUUCUACGUGGAACCCGGAGUUGGCGGUGCGGAAGCUGACGGCGCCGCGGAUCGUGACGAAGGCGGGCGCCAUCAUCCAGCCGCUCUCCAAGGACGACGUCAUGCCCUCCAAGAAGACGCCGGGCAAACGGGGCGCCCCCGACCUCCUCUUCAGCACCGAAGAGCAGGGGAAGGGCAGCCACAGACCGACGGGCAAGAGGAAGAAGCACAAGAAAUGAGCCCCUUCCCUGCGGCGGACACCAGAUGAGGAAGUCUUUGAAUAUGGACCUGGCCCUGGUCUCUCGCUGACCUUGGUUGAUUGACUUUGACCUUUUGCCUCUCGCCUCUCGCAGAGCCCACUCUUACACUCUUGACCUUUACACCUGAUUCCCCCUCCUGACACCAACCCCCACAAGAGAAUGGUAGCUAUGGAAACGGAGGAUGGAGCGCAGUGUCUUCAGAGGAGAGAUUUGUUUCGCCCCAGGAACUGUAUAAACUGUUUAAAGGUCAUGUCAGGCUGGGCUGUAGUAGGCUGGUUUUAUUAAACAGAUCCUAAGACGUCACGUUGGCUUGUUGUCUGUUUUCUGUUGGGGUCCUGAGUCCACUCAUUAAAGUUGGGCAACUGAU